AUGGUCUGGACCGAGCCUUGGAUGGUGAGGGUUUAUGAUACCGCCCGCCCGCCUGUAGCCGCGCUCUUCGUCGAUGUGAACCCGAUCAAGAGACGCCCGGGACAGCGUAGCACCCUCCAAAUCCCCGUCCCCGCCGAUGUGGCACCAAUCGUCGCCAUCAGAACGGUUAGGGGAAUCACCCGACCCCCUCGCGUUGCCAGCCUCCCGAGAAUAACCACCAAGGCCCCAGACUGGAGUCCCGUAAGGACGAGGACGAGUUAG